AUGAAACGUGAAACUUUGUAUAGUGCAUUUUUGAAUGUUUAUUUAACUGACUUUAAAAUUACCCAAAAAAUUGGUUCAGGUGGUUAUGGAGAAGUUUGUAAAGCAACAUAUAACAAUAGUAGUACUUUUGCGUUGAAAUCCUAUAAACAUGGUAUAACACAUAUGAAAGAAGUUACUAAUGAGUUAAAAUUAUUACGUAAAGUUGACUACCAUCAAAAUAUUAUUCAUUUCUAUGGUGUCACUGAGAAUGAAGGGGAAUAUUUAUUGGUCCUUGAGUAUGCAGAUAGUGGAACACUAAGGGACUACCUACAAGAAAAGGUUGAAUCAAUCAGUUGGGAUCUAAAGCUGAAAUUUGCAUCUGAGAUUGCAUCAGCUGUUUCAUGUUUACAUGAAAACAAUAUUAUCCAUCGGGAUUUGCAUUCGAAAAAUUUCUUGGUUCACCAAAAAACAAUAAAAUUGGUAGAUUUUGGACUUUCCCGUAAAAUACGUGAAUCUACAACCACUUCAACAUUCCAAGUGGCAGGAAUAGUACCUUAUAUUGACCCACAGUGUUUCAAGAUUAACAAUAAUAAAGUAUAUAAACCAAACAAAAAAUCAGAUGUAUACAGUGUGGGUGUUUUAUUAUGGGAAUUGAGUAGUAACCGACCACCUUUUAGUAAUCUGGAUCAAGAUCAACAACAUACUUUACAUCUUCAUAUUGCUCAGGGAAUUCGUGAGGAACCUAUUCUUAGUGCACCUGAUGAAUAUAUUAAUUUGUACAAAGAAUGUUGGGAGGAUGACCCAAAAAACAGACCUGAUAUUCAAUAUGUUGAAACAAUGCUUGGAAAAAUUUCAGGCUCAAAUAUAGUUGAUAUAGUUUAUGGAGAGGGGCCACGAAAAGAUAAAGACAAUAGUUCUCUAAAUGAUUCCAGUAUUAUUUCAACAGGGCCUACCACUAUUAAUUUCCUGGAAAUUCCCUGA